GUUUGAAAGAAGUGGAAUUUAGCAAAGGGACAAGGACAUGGUUUGCAUUCGGACCCUGAAAAUGCUGGGAUGUUGCUGGUGUUUUGUGACACUGAUAGUCAGCUGGGCUGUGAGUGUUGAGAGCUCAGUGUUUUUCCAGAAGAAUGAAGCAGCAAGGGUGCUGAAAGUUCAGAAACGAGCAAACUGGUUCUGGGAAGAGGUUAAACCAGGGUCCCUAGAGCGAGAAUGCUACGAGGAAACCUGUUCAUUCGAGGAAGCACAGGAAAUUUAUAAAUCCAGCGAGAACACAAUGGAGUUCUGGUUUUCCUACAAAAAUUUGAAUCCUUGUAAAUCCAAUCCAUGCUUGAAUGGUGGUUUAUGUAGACUCGACAACUACAAGUAUAUCUGUCUCUGCCCUCCCCUGUGGAAAGGGAAGAAUUGUGAAUCAGAAAACCUCAACUGUGAAUAUAAGAAUGGCUUCUGUCAACAGUAUUGCAGCAUCAACAGAACGACAAAAAUGCCAACGUGUUCCUGCGCUGAAGGUUAUCAGCUAAAUCAAGAUCAACAGCACUGUUCUGCAAGUGUGAAAUACCCAUGUGGGAGAAUACCUCUAUAUGGAUCACCAACUCGCACAUUCAUUGAGGAAGAAUAUUCCCUCAACGAUACAGAUACAGACUUUGAACACUUAAGAAAGUUAAAUUACUCUGAAUCAGAUGCUCGGAUACGAAUUAUUGGUGGAGACCUUUGCAGACGGGGAUUUUGUCCUUGGCAGGUAUUGAUACAGAUGAAGAAUGGUUACGGAUUCUGUGGUGGAACAUUGAUCAACAAUCGUUGGGUUGUGACGGCUGCUCAUUGCUUUGAUACAAUACAUCCACACUCAGUUACAGUAGGUGAAUUUGAUAAGCUCCGGACAGAGACCUGGGAACAGAAUGUUUUGGUGAAGAAGUUUCUGACACACCCUCAGUAUAAUCCAGUAACAUAUGACAAUGAUAUUGCCCUGUUGUAUUUGAAUCAGUCUGUGAAUUUUACUUUUGCUGUUGCUCCAAUUUGUCUGCCCAAUCACAACCUGGGCAAGCUGCUACUGCAAAGUGGGAAAGCAGGAAUGGUAAGUGGUUGGGGCAUAACCUCCCAAAGAGGCAGACUAUCCCGAUUCUUGCACAGAGUGCAGCUUCCUUACAUUGAACAGGCCACUUGCAUGAAGUCAACAAAGUUGGAAGUUACAGAUAAUAUGUUCUGUGCUGGAUACGCAGAUGAAUACAAGGAUUCCUGCAGAGGGGAUAGUGGGGGACCGUACGCAGUUUUAUAUCAAGACACGUGGUAUCUGACGGGUGUGGUUAGUUGGGGUGAAGGCUGUGCAAAUGCAGGAAAGUAUGGAUUAUAUACUAGGGUGCCAGCUUACUUAUCAUGGAUACAUGAUAAUUUAUUGCAACACAGCUACUGACUUACAACCACCAUAAUGGCAUCAUAGAAAGAAUAAGCUCUGAUUGUGAAUAAUCAUCAUGACACUGGGUGGUUUUCUAAACAAAUAGCUAAUAAAUUUGCAAACUGAAAAGAUUAUGUAGAACCAGUUUCAAACUAAACUAGCAGUUUUGCUUAAGAUGUUUCAGCUGGUCAUAUUGCAGCCUAGAGAUUACUGAUUACUCCAGUGUUACUGAAUGCUCAUUGGACACUAAUGACAAAUAUAUUAACAAAAAUGCUACCAUUUGACUGCAUGAAACUAACAGAAAUGAUCAAAUUUGAACAUUUUUUUAAAAAAAAAGUUAUAUAGAUUAUAUUUUGAUCACAAACUUCUCUCAGAGUUAGUCUUCAGUGAAGCUGUGGGUUAGAACCAGAUUCAAACAUGGAUUUGAAGCCCAUGUGGCAGUACACGAUCUGCCACUAUCUAAUUAUCUUACAGUUUUGGAUGUUUAAUAAAUAAACUCCUUUGCAAAUGCUGACAACUGAAUUUCCCCAUAUUGGACAGCUGGUAUCUUUUAAUCUAUUACAUAAAAAUCAGACAAAAUAUGCAAAACUACAAACAAUGCCUAAAGCCCAGUAACUUUUCAGUUGUAUAUAUCUUGGAAAAGUUUUCUCCCCCCCCACCAUCGAAAGUCAUUUAAGCUUUACCUCUAUUCAAACAUUAGAGAACUGUCUCAUUUUCCUACUGUUAACAGAUCUACAUCCAGAAAGCAAAUACACUGUGAUUUUGCUCAGACACAGUUAGACACGAAGCACAAAUUUCCAAGUGUCGUAGCUACUCCUUUCACUCUAAACUGGGACCUUGAGGCAUGGAACAGUAGAAACUUCCUUCACCCAGGGCAUCUAGCAAAUGGGCUUUCCCCAUGUAAAAUCAUUAUUAGCAGGGUUUAAAAAUAAGCUAGUUACUGUCAUUAGUUUUCUGAAAUAUGUAUAAAAGCUUGCAUCUCUUUGAAUAAACCUGCUAAGCCAAGACACUUGCUACAAAUUACACUGAUUACACCUUUAAGAGUUUGAAUUAGUCCUUUGAAUCAAUUAUGAAUUACCUGUGACACUGAUUGUGUCAUUUGUUCCCACUAAAAUGGUUUCUACCUGAAGUCUGAAACCUUACACUGUCUCUUACCCACAUCCCUAAUAGUGAUUUCUAAUUUUUCUUCUAAUUUGAUUUUUAUUUUUAAAUUAAGCACUACUCAUCUUUCUUUUGUAGAAUUUCUCAUAAUUAUUCCUUACCCAGUUUGCAGCAUACUAUAAAAGAAAGCAUUCUUUGAGAGAUGCUCGGAAAUAAUGAAAAUUAGUUCACAGUUGUUCUCA